UUUGCCGUGAGCGGAAACAGAUUCUUCAGUUGAUCUCUGCGCAAUGGCGGAGGUCAGACUGCGGUUCGGGAAAGGGGCUUACAAGCUUUUAAAACCGAAAAAUCUCCCGCUUUUGGAUAAAGACGGUGAACCGGUUUCAACGGUAGCGUAUGUUGCAGCUUUAAUAAAUUCACCACAGCUCUGUGAGAGUCGAAAUGACCGCGUGGAAGCAGCUAAAAGACCGGCAGCUCUGGAGACUCCAGAAGGGACUGUGCUCUCACUCUUUACCUGUGCUUGUAGCGAUGUGCCGCUUGACCUCCAUUCUGGAGAUAUUAGUAACGGUACACGGACUGACCCUCAUGGCUCGAACUCUAAGGCAUCUCCAGUUCAUAUGUCCUCCUGGAGGAGCUCGUGUUUGGGAACUCAUGGGAAACUCCCUCUCCUGUCCAGCCAUACUGGCACACACUUUAAGCGCCUGGUGAGGAGGUCCACAUAUAAAAAUACGCUUUAUGGACCCCCAAAUGAUUAUUUAUGGCAGUUUAUGUCUUUAACCAGAGCUUAUAGUGGCACACAGGAUAAAGGCAGCCCAUUAUACAAAUCAAAGUCUGCUUAUUAUGAUAUUUUGGAAGUUUCUCCAACCGCCACGCACUCACAAAUCAAGACUGCCUACUAUAAACAGUCCUUCAUAUAUCACCCAGACAAGAACGCAGGGAGCGAGGAGGCCGCGUCCAUGUUCUCGCAGAUCAGCGAGGCGUACAGCGUCCUGGGUAAUAAAGCUCUGAGGAGGAAAUACGACCGUGGGAUCCUGAGUCAAGCUGACCUGCAGGGAUCCAGCAGACCCACCUCCAGGGAGAGUCCAGCCUCAGGACAGCAGAGCGGGACCCGACACUCCCCGUCUGUGGGAGCCACCCAGCAGAACAUCUUCGACUUUGAUGCCUUCAUCAGAUCACACUAUGGAGAACAGCUUAAAAGAGAGCAGGAGAUCCGGCAGCGCAGAGAAGAGAUCAUCAGGAAAAAGAAGGAGCUGGUUGAGGAUAUGAAACUGGGCAGGUUGAAGGAGAUUGCUGUAGGGAUGAUGCUGGCUAUGGCGGCCAUGAUCUUAUUUAGCCUGAAGUCUAGCAAGUGAAGAGGAUACAGGGAUACUUGAAGCAUAUCUCACAUUUUAACAGUUAAAAGUUGUACCCACAAACAUACUGUACGGAUACAUCAUAUUUACCUUUCCCCCCAGAUGUUGCCACAAACCCCACUUCAGUAAAAUUAUAACUGAUUUACAUAAGGGCUAUGUUGAAAUUAGGUAAUGGUUUUGCAAAAAUAACUUUUUUUAAUAAUAAAAAUAUAAAUAUAUUAUUAAACCAUUUCCUAAUUUUAAUAUACCCUUUAUGUAAAUCAGUUAUAAUUUUACUGAAGUGGGGUUUGUUAUAUACACCCCAACACACACCAUGGUAACCAUAGUCUCUGCUAAAAACAAAACAAACAUUGGUACUAAUAAAAAUCAUCAUAAAUCUAUACUGGAUUUUAUUAUAAUAGUCUAAAUCAGUCUUAUUUUAAUAUGUAUACACAAUAUUUGAAAAUCAAAUAAAACAUUACUCACAUCCCCAGUCUUGUUUUAUUUUUUAUAAUAUUAAAAUAUAUUAUUUUAGAAAUUAAAUUUUAGAAAAUAAAACAGGACUUUGCUAUUUGAAUAAGAUCCUGUAUAGAUUCGAUUGUGUGUGUGUGUGUGUAAAACAAAACACAUUCAGAGUAUUAGAUCCUAAAUGUUUUAAUUUAAUUUCUAAGAUAAUAUGAUGUCUGAAAAUGGUUUAUCUAUCAUAAUGGAUGCCAUUAUUGCUAUAUAAUUAUGUGCUCUACCUCAUCUGUUAUACUGUAUUCCAAAAAGUAUGAUUUGUGUAGGCAUGGAGCAUAAUCAUUUAAACUGCUAGUAAACACUGAUAGUAUUAUUUUGCACAAAGGGCCGUGGUAAAAACAGUCACUGGUUCAUUAUUAUUAUUUGUCUGGCUUCACUUCACCUGAGCCCCUAACUUA